UCCUGUGUGAGAAGCAGAAAACUGAGCAGAGCUCUGCGAAAAACACUUUUAGCCCAUUUCAGUUCGACAAGAGAGACGGUUGUCCUACUUUUAGGUGGGGUAAUAAAAGGAUGGAGGACACACUUCUAAACGUGUUUGUCGUGGUUGUGAGUCUACUACUCUCAAAGGAUCACAAUGUGUUUCACGAACAAGAUGACGACAUUAUAGUGAGCAUGCAAGACCAUGAGCACUUUCUACUGAAGGAGAAGGCAAAGCUGGAACAAGGAGAGCAAGCUGUUGCCAUAGAGCUGCCAUAUUCAAAUCAGGAAGCAUCACAGAGUCAUCGCAAGCUGCCAAUAGAGGACCACAUGUCAGAUGUUAAACAAAUUGAGCCAAAUGUCAAGACAAAAGUGCUACAUGAAGAGCAAAUGUCCCUGAUGGGGGAGCAAAACGAGUUCGGCCAAAAUGCAUUUGCACCAGAUGACCAGGAAAUAUUGAGUAUUGACAAAGACAAAUGGACUGUGCAUAUGGCAAGUGAAGGUCUAACAAAUGAGCAAGUCCGCUUAGGGUCAACUGUGGACCAGAAUGUGUCUCAGGGGGAAGCCGAACAUCCGGAAGAGCCAAAAAAUGACCGGAUCGACACCCAUCGUGAACAUAAAACUAAUGAAGGAUUUGACCAAAAAAUACCAACUUCAAGCCAAAGGUUGACAACAAAACCUCAGGAAAAGUUAUCGAGUGACCAAGAUUGCACUUUCAUCUAUUACCUCUGGAGGACAUAUUCAUUAAUUUCGUUAUUUCGUUUUUUGAGAAUGUUUCUGAGGAAGGGAUCUAAAAUGCAGAAGAAGAUGUUGAGAUCCACAAAUGUCUCCAAAAUAGUUUCUAACAUCGAUUACAAAACCUUAAUCAGCUUCCAUAACCAAUGCGUUGUGCUCCCACGAAAUCACAGCUGGCAAACUUGCGAGUUUGUUGAAGGUUUUGUGAACAACCUUUUGGAAACUGUGAGAAAUAGGAGCACUGCAGGUUCAGAUAUGGAGAUCGAGGACUUUGUUGGCAUUGGCAGCUUUUAUGAGCAAUGGGCUUCAAGACAGAGUGUUGUGUGCGACUUACAUGUACCCAUCAUCCCACCAAAGGCAUAUAGCUUUGAGUUUACACUUUUGAAAGAAAACAGAGGUUCAACCACACCGAACAGUUGCACAGUCAAGAUGGUGAAAAAUUCAGGCAACUGCCAUUGCAGCAAUUCCAACGUAGAUAAUAAUGACGAUGACCUGUUGUGUCUCCUACAUCUAGAUAACAAAAAUGAUGAUCAUGAUCCUGACAACUGCAUUAAUGAUUUAUGCCAAGAGAAUAGCUCAUAUCUUGAUAAAACAAAAGUUUUGAAGUGGUUUAAGAGCACCAUUAGGAAAGCAUGGAAUGAGAUAAGCCAUAAGUACGACUUUGAGCUCAUGUUUCGGAACAGGGAAAACCCUGGAAGUCUCAAAGUUCGGUUCAGGUCAGGUCGGGUUAUUCUGUUCAGACUUACACCUGUGGUCAGGUUUAAAGACUCGGAGGUACAUCUGAUGUCAUAUCUUCCCUCUGAUGUAUUUUCAGACACUUACUGGCCUGUAUGUUUUGCACGUUAUGAAAAUGCUCUUCUUCAACACCUAACCAACUCGCUUCCAGACAACGCAUGCCAUAUUUAUUGCCUGCAGAUUCUUUCCUUUCUUCACAAACACCAAACUGGCCUGACUGGGCCAUGUGGGCUUGCAAGCUACCACUUAAAGACUGCGCUAUUACAUCUUCUACUUAAGAACACUUUAUCUUGGGAGCCUGAGCAGAUGGGUUGCAGGCUCAAUGAUCUGUUCACUUUUCUCGAGGAGAAACUUAAAGCUAAAAUGCUUGACCAUGUUGUAGUUGCAAACCCCCUCAUUCCUAGUGAAAUCGAACUUCCUAAAGAGUUCACAGAGGGAAAACCUAUUAACUUGUUUUUGCCGCUGUUGUCAGAUGACAAGUUGUAUUUAAAAACCUAUAGACACUUGCUGGAGAUGAUCAAGAACAUGCCAGUGCUAAUACAUGAAUAUGGAUCAGUGAGAAAUGUGCUUCAGCAGAACCAUCUUUAAAAUGGGAUGUGCUGAAAACUUGUUAGAAUUGUGUACUUUUUCCUGAGAUACGAAUGUAAAGCCUUGAGUAUACUUUGUGGUUUGUGUACAGGACAAUUUCAUCAAACAGUAUGCAAAUUGUCUAACCUAAUACAACAUAGAAGUCAGCGCAUACAUACACUUUCAGUUGUCUUUGCAAUAUUUGGUUUGUCCACAAUGUGGCAACACUGGGCCUUGUUUCACAGCCAAGGUGAAACUACAAUGAAUGCCAAUCAUGAGUGCAUGUGAUGGGAUUAGAAGAUAAAUUCUAGUUUAAACAAGUACAAAUGAUCUAAUUUUUUUUGGAGACAGAAAGUGCAAGCUAGGGAUGAGAAUCAAUUUUUCUAAUGCAUGUGUCAAUCACCUUUGUUCACAAACUAUAAAACAGACAGUAGUCAACAUUUGAAGUGGAUCAAAACAGUUGGUGUUAGUCCUAAUAGUCAUUGGCCAACUUUCUUGAAAGGAUUUGAUCCAGUUCAAAUGUUGACUGUAGCAUAACGUACUUUAAUGUACAUUUGACUUUGAAUUCACGCCAACGUACACACAAAUUAAGGUAUACUUUGGGCUUGAGUGGUCUUGACUCAUUGUUUGCUUUUG